GCUAUAGCCGCCGAGCUCGAUCCGCCGACUCCGACUCCGACUCCGACAGCGCGCGCCCAGGGUAUACUAGCUCAAGUGUUUUUACGGCGGGCGCGCGAGUGAGAUAAAGAGGGGCGGGGAUCGAGCGCGGUGUCGCGAGCAGGCGGGGAAGCUAGCGAGGGAGCGGAAGAAGUGGAAAUGGUGGGCUCCGGCGCGGCUGCGGGCGGAGGAGGGGAUCACGCGCGGAGCAAAGAGGCCGCGGGGAUGAUGGCGCUCCACGAGGCCCUCCGCAACGUCUGCCUCAGCUCCGACUGGACCUACUCCGUCUUCUGGACCAUCCGUCCUCGCCCGCGCUGCCGCGGCGGCAACGGCUGCAAGGUCGGCGACGACAACGGCAGCCUGAUGCUGAUGUGGGAGGACGGAUUCUGCCGGCCGCGGGUGGCGGAGUGCCUGGAGGACAUCGACGGGGAGGACCCGGUGCGGAAGGCCUUCAUCAAGAUGUCCAUCCAGCUCUACAACUACGGAGAAGGGCUGAUGGGAAAGGUGGCCUCUGAUAAAUGUCACAAAUGGGUCUUCAAGGAACCUUCUGAAUGCGAGCCCAACAUCUCCAACUACUGGCAGAGCUCUUUCGACGCUCUUCCUCCGGAAUGGACCGAUCAGUUCGCAUCAGGCAUCCAGACCAUAGCCGUGAUCCAAGCCGGGCAUGGCCUCCUGCAGCUGGGCUCUUGCAAGAUUAUACCCGAGGACCUGCACUUCGUGCUGCGGAUGCGACACAUGUUCGAGUCACUGGGCUACCAGUCGGGCUUCUUCCUCUCCCAGCUCUUCUCGUCCUCGCGGGGCGCCUCGCCGACGCCGCCGUUCCCCCUCAAGCAGCAGCCGCCUCCGGCCGCCGCGCGUGCUCCGCAGCAGCUCUUCAACUGGGCAGGACACCACCAGCCGCAGCUCCCGCCGUCGCCGGGCGCGGGAGCGUCGCCGCUCUUCCCGCCCGGCCCGGGCGCGUUUCACCCGUCGUCAGCCGCGCGGUCAAUGCCGCCGUACCCAGGCGGCGGCAAGGACGAGGGCGGCCACAUGUUCCACCUCCCAGCGGCGCACCAUGGCAGCAGCAAGCCACCGCACAUGGACGAGCACCAGCAGACGAUGGGCCCCGGUGGCGAAGCGCCCGACGGCGAGCUCCGGUGGCCCAACGGGCUGUCCUUCUUCACCGCGCUCACCGGGCGAGCGGACGACGCGAAGCUGCUGUUUGGUGGCCCCGGCGGAGGAGCCGGCGCCGCGGACGACGAGAAGGCGGCGGCGGACAACGCGCAGACCGGGCACGGCGGGGCCGAGAACGUGGAGGAGUACCUGAGCCUGGAGAGCCACUCCAACAAGGCGAGGAAGGUGGAGAGCGCCGCCCAGAGCACCAAGUUCAAGAGGAGCUUCACGUUGCCCGCGAGGAUGGGCUCGUCCACGUCGCCGUCGCCGUCCCCGUCCGUGUCGGCUUCCACGGCGCCGGCGCCGCCACAGCAGCAAGGGAUGGAGUACCGAGGGCCACACGAGGGCGGCGUCUACUCGGACCUCAUGGAGACGUUCUUGGAGUAGCUAGCUACUAGAUCCGUACGUAGCAUGCAUGAUCGAUCGGUUCGAUAUGCCACCACGCGAGAAGCGUACGCUUUUGUUUCUCAUCAUCCUCCCAUCUCCCAAGCUUUGUUUCAGGUUUGGAGUUUUAAUCGCAUAUCAUGUUUAAUUAGAUUUUUUUUUCUUUUCAUCGUUUUUUUUUUGGGGUCUCUUCUACUAGUAGUUGUAGCAGCUCGAUCGUAAUGGGGGAAAAAAACUUGAUGGAUACAUGCAUGCAUGCAUGCAUGCAAAGAAGGGCAUGAGUCUGCUUCCAUGAUGGCUGGCAAUGCAAUUCUAUGGUGCAACAGCCAUGAUGGCGAGGUACAAUGAUAUGCAACACCCAAUAAUAUGGGCUUUUCGCGCCAAAA